UGGGCGGCGCACCAGGAGAGAGAAGGAAGCAGAGCAGAGAUCGCCAACAUAUCGUCCGUGGCCGGCGACGAGCGGGCGCUUCGGUCUUCCUCCGCGAUCUUGUGCUCCUCCCUCUAUUUCCUUCCCAAUCUCUCAUCCAGUUCCCGCCAAACCGAUUCUUGCGCGCCAAAUCAAUACAUAAAGUCCCAAAUCCAUACCAAAUCGCCCCCAAUCUCCAGCCCCCAAACCCUAGGUCCCAAGCCACCGCCGGCACCUGUGCGAGAUGUCUAGGAAGUCGAAGAGGACCUCUGCGCCGUCACCUCAUGCGAUUCCUCCACCAUGUUCUCAGCCAGCGCCCUCCCCGGCCAUCCCUUCGAUCUUUAGAUCUGGUGCCUGGUGUCCACCGUAUCCACCGCCACAGUUCACGGCAUCGUCGUCCACGCCUAAUUGGUUUGCCAGCAACCAUGGAUGGUGGGCUCAUCGUCGGCUCAAGACUCCUGGCGAGCACCUACUGGAAUUGGUGCUCCAAACACUAAGGACCCAGAUGUACAAGCAUGGGGAGCAGACUCUCACCCGCCAGGUGGUUUCCUUGAUUUUUUGAACAGAAACAUACCAGUCCAACUACAAGGUGUUAGUUAUGGGAGUUCAUUUAAGUCGACUGAUGUUGGCGAUGACACCAAUUUUGCUGAUUGUGGUAGGACACGAAUGUUAUGGACAAAAGAUGAGGAUCGUAGAUUGGUCGGUGCAUGGCUGAAUAAUUCAAAUGAUCCAAUCCAUUCAAACUACAAGAAGAAUGACCAAUAUUGGAAAGAAGUUGUUGCUGCAUACAAUAGUGCUACCCCCCAAAAUCGAGCAAGGCAAUUGAAACACAUCAAGGAUCGCUUUGGAAGAAUUAAGAAAAGGGUCGUAUGAUUUUGUGGUAGCUGGAAGGAGGCUAAUGCUUUGUGGGCUAGCGGUGAAUCUGAUGUGGACCUAAUGGCCAAGGCACUGAAAUUGUAUGAAGAAGAGCACAAGAAUGAUGGGAUGCGUAUUUGGAACGCCUUGAAACUUUGGAUCCAGAAAAGAUGAAGUGUAAUGCUGAUGAGGAUGUGGAGCAUUCCUUCUCUCUAGAUAACACUUCAGAUGAACGACCAAUGGGUGGCAAGAAAGCUAAAGAGCUGCUGAAACGAAAAAGAAAGUACCAAGCUUGUAUAAUAAAUCUUGAAGAUGAGCUUUAGAUAUUUGUAGAGGCUCAAAACAAAGCAAAUGAAGGCAGCAAGGAGAUGUUAGAGACACAGAAGCGUGUGUCUAGUGAGAAUCUUGAAGCUCGAAAGCUCGCUUACCUUGCUGCAAAAGAGAACAAGAAGUCGGCCAUGCUAGAAGCAUACCGAGAGCUGCUGAAGCAAGAUACAACCGCUAUGGCUGAAGAUGUCAGAUUUGAGCAUGUCUUGGCAUUGAGGUGUUUCAGGGAGAAAUUAUUUGUCAACAAUAAUUAAGGCAUUACUCUGCUAAAAUUGAGUUUUAUUGUUUUAUUUAACUGUUUCCUGCUGAAACUGAAUUUUAUGGAGUUAGUGCAUUGUUUUCUGUACUUAUUUAGUCAACAGUCCAACUUAACUACAAUGUGUUGUAAUCUGGUCAGAUAAUUACAAAUUUCAUUAAAUUGCAUUGUAAUAUGGUGAGUUAGUCAGCAGUCCAACAUAACUACAAUGUCUUGUAAUCUGAUUAGAUAACUAAGUAUUUCAUUAAAUUGUUCUCAGCAGAGCACAUCUAUAUAGU